AUGGACCAGCUGGACCUGCUGGGGUUCCUCGUCAUCACCCUAAACUGCAACGUGACCAUGGUGGGGAAGAUCUGGCUUAUCUUCAUGGUGCUGCUGAGGAUGGGGGUGCUCAUCCUGGCCGGGUCGCCGGUCUACCAGGAUGAGCAGGAGAGGUUCGUGUGCAAUACUCUGCAGCCCGGAUGCGCCAACGUUUGCUACGACAUCUUUGCCCCCGUGUCCCACCUGCGGUUCUGGCUGAUCCAGAGCGUGUCUGUUCUGCUUCCAUCCGCCGUCUUCAGUGUCUACGUGCUGCACAAAGGAGCCGAGCUGGCGGCACGUGGAUCCCGCUGGCUGGAUGAUGACUCGGAGGACCACGACGGCCCUGAACUGACCCCGGGGGCCAGGCGCUGCCUGAUGGUGCCGGACUUCUCCUCGGGCUACGUGGUCCACCUCUGCCUCCGGACCCUGACGGAGGCAGCUUUCGGUGCCCUGCAUUACCUCCUCUUCGGAUUCUUGGUCCCCAAGAGAUUCUCGUGCACGCACCCUCCUUGCACCAGCGUGGUGGACUGUUACGUCUCUCGGCCCACGGAGAAGUCCAUCCUGAUGCUUUUCGUCUGGGCGGUCUGCGCGCUGUCCUUGUUGCUCAGUGUCGCCGACCUGGUCUGCAGCGUGCGCUGGGAGACGCGCAGGCGACACGGCGGGGCCCGGAGGAGGCCGUGUCAAGGGGCGGGGAGUGCGGCGCGGGAGGGACACGGGGCGCCCGAGGGACGUGGGGCGCGCGCUCGCCGGGGCCUGCGGACUGGAGGGCAGGGCGCGUACAGCCCCGCACCGGAGCCCACCGAGCCGGGGCACCCGGAUCUGCCAGGGGAGGACGAGAGCGACGCGCUGUCCUCAGCCAGCGACCAGCCGCGCGGGGCCGGGCCGGGAGCGGCGGCCCCGGGGUGGGAGGAGCGCCCCUGCGCGCCAAGCGCCGCGCUCCCGGGCCCCAGCAAGUCCGAGUGGGUGUGA